CGGAUAUAUAUUUUUUUCAACCUUGGGGAAUACCUUUUCGGGAAAGCUCGACCACGUAUAUCAAGUAUAUCACUACUAAACGUACUAAAUAUUUCUUAUUACGAUUUCACCAGUGUGCAGACGAAGAAAUAGUUGAACAUUUUAAGAAAGGUACUUCGAGAUAAUAUUUUUUUCUCCGAAAUUUCACGGAAAAUUGGUAUGUACUUUAUGUAACCCUACAUGAAUUAGGGUUAAUUCGCGUUGAUGGAAACGUCAGUAUAUAACUCCUGCAUGCCCUAACAGUGAAAAUUUGUUUCAAGAUCUCCUUACUAUGGAAAUAGUAUGGAUCUCAUCUGAAAAUAGUAUGGAAAUCCAAUUUUCAUACUAAUAGCAUUUAGUAUAAUUUUAGUAUUGAAAAAUGGCCUUAGAGCAUUCCGAUUGGCUCCCUCAGCAUUUAGUAUGAGGCAAUAAUUACUGCUCAGACUGCUUUGAGAGUAAUGCUUCCCCCACCCCACCCCCCUUCCCCCCAAAAAAGAUGACUGAAAACAGAUGGAAGUAAAUUAUUUAUUCAAAUUUUAUUUAUAAAAUAAACACGGCAUUAGUUGUAUCUAUAAAUAAAACUUUUUCAAUACUGAAAUUACACUAUACUAAAAUUUCGGGCUCGGUGAUUACAAGCCUAUAUUCACUUCGCCUUCGGCUCAGUGAAUAUAGGCUUGUAAUCACCGAGUCUGAGGCGACUAAUUGUUAAGUGGAUAUACUAUGGAUUUGGUGAUGCAAUCGCAAUUUUUUGCCAUGAGCUAAUUCAGAGUUUCGAGCGCGCAUCAAAUGACGCGUUUUGCGCGUCGGGAUAAAGUGCAGUUAAAACUGUAACAUGUAAACUGUAACAAAGUAUUCCGCUGUUCAAUCAUGGCUACGUUUACACAAUACCGGAUAGCUUUCCGUUGUGGCGCGAAAAAGCACCUGUCCGGUACGUAAUGUACAACUUCCAGAGCGAAACGAAGUCUCUCCGUUUCAAUAAUUCCUCUGAACGUUACGUUCCUAAAUGGGACGGAUAGGUGGGUUUUUCCACCCCGCUACGGAAAGCUAUCUGUUACAGUUUAAACGCAGCCUAUUUACAGGGUGUAUAAAAAACUGCACAGUUCGAAAAUGUUCGUAAAUUCCGCAAAAAAUUGUGAAAACUUUAUGCAUGCAUGAGUAGUUAGGGGCCAGGUAGCAUCUUUACCACUAAAAUUUUCCAGUGCAGAAAGAUUGUUCUAUUGAGUUCAAACAUUUGUUCUAUUGAGUCUAGAUGCCCAAAAUCGUAUUAUCUUUGGCCCUGUUCGCAUGAUCCCGGCAUAAACUACUGCCCCGCGACAAGACUCUGGUACUGAUAUCUGCUGUUCACAUGAGCAAAGCUAGCGCGGGGCAUGCUUAUAAACAAAUCAUGCGGGAAUCAUAUAAAUAUUCCCACCAACGUGAAACGGUGAAAUAUUGCUAAAUGAAAAACAUUCUGAUAAACGCCGGUCGUAUUUUAUGUUACGAUAUUUACAAAUAGAACAUAGUUGACUGUCAGCCGUAGUAAAUCUGUUUCUGGUCCCGGCUAGGUGAGUGUCCCUGUCUACAGAGGCGAGUCGCCAUGGUCAAUUUUUGUCCCGGGAGAAGUAAAAUGUCAUGUGAACAGCACUACUCUUAUUAAGGAGCCGAGACAAUUUUUGUCCCGCGACAAUUGCUUGCCCCGCGAUAUAAAGCUGUCCCGGGUAAUAAUUGUCUUGAGCGGGAUUUUAGGAUUUUAGGGCCUACUUUUAGGAAAAUAAGGCCUACAGUUUUGACAUCAACGAGUCAAAACUAUCCCACCACAAUUUUUUUUUGCUAUACUUCAGCUGUGGAGUACUUGAAGACCCAAGGAGCGAAUGUCGUCCCAAUUCAAAUCCCAGAACUAGAGGAAAGCCGUAUUGCACAUGGUUUAACCAUUAGUUCUGAAAUCACGUUUGCCGUUGAGAAUGAAUACCCAGAUCAAACUGAUAAACUGGUAAGAUAUCAUUUUAUUUACAAUUCAACUCGAAAUUCGUGCAUGCAGCAACCCCUCGCCUAUAUUGUCCAAACAUUGAUUUAACAUGAACUAUUCGUAAUUGGCCAACACUGAACCAGGGCCGUCCCCAGGAAAUUUUUCGGGGGGGGGGUGGAAGGUCAUUUCAACCGACUGACGAACGAGCUUGUACCGACCGUAUGCUAGCCAUAGAAGCUUGUAAAAUUUCCGAUGGAGGUCAACUAAAUUCAGAAACCGCGGUCCCAUUUUUGGAUCAAGGGGGCUAUAGCGAACGCCAAAGGCGUGAGUGUGUUAGAGAGGUCCGGGGGCAUGCUCCCCCGGGAAAUUUUGAAAUCUGAGACCUCCCAGAACCCCCGAAAUGCAAUCAAAUUUACUAGUUGCUGUUAAAAAGUUUCUUAAUUAAUAGAUGACUCUUAAUCUAACAUUACCCAUCAUUUGUUUAAUUCAACCAGAAAUAGAUUGAAUACUUGGCUAUGUAAGUUAUAAAUAUAUUUUUUAACUGAUCUGAAAGAUUUCAGUAUUCCUAGUUUAUAAAAAUCACAUAUGUACGGAAUUGUUGCCCCCCCCCCUGCUCCGCGGUCCCUAAAGUUACGCCCGUUGUGCUCUAAAUGAAGCCUGUUCUAAAUUCCCAUGUUUGAUAAUUGAGUUUUUGGCGGGAAUAUAUAGUGUUCAGUGGUUCUACCUAUCAAACAUGCUACAUAUACUUCAUUUGAGAUCUUUUGUAUCGCUAUGUGGUUUGACUGUCAAUCUGGGCUUGUUUUACUAUAAAUCGAUUAUAAUGAUUAUCCUGCUGAGUAAAUUUCGAGUAGCCAAAAUUUCCAUUUUUUAUAUAACAGGUGAAAAUCAUAUCGAUAGUAGUUUUAUUCGUCAAAAAUAUUUUUGUCUGCCGACUGAAAUCGCAGUCCUGCCGACUGAAGCCUGGAAUAUAAUUUCUGGGGGUGUCCCCCCCCCCCACACACACACACACACGCACGCACGCACGCACGCACUCAAGCACGCACACACACACCCGUAGCUCCGGGCCUGCACUGAACGCAGGCUCGCGUUGUGGCGUCAUGUGUUACGUUACGAUGUUUUUAAUUUUGUUUUAUAUUUUUUGGACAAAACGGCAAAAUAGGUAUGUAGAAUAUACUGUAGAUGUUUUUGUGAAAUGUUCAUUGCCUUCAUUCAACUGCUUUCGCACCUGAAACUGUUAAGUGGUUUCAGUUCGUUCUUCAAAUUAAUUUACUCUCCUUUACAUUUUAAGUUGUUUUCUUAGAUUAAACAUGUUAAUUUAAAAAAUUUACAGCUUCAUUCAAAGAUAGGCACUGCAAGUUUUACUGUUUUUGGCCAAAUUCGUAAACAUUAAAUAUUCAAACUUGCCCUAUAUUUCACGAUUUCACAUAAAAAUUGCUUCAAAGCUCAUUGUAUGAAACGGUUUUUGAAAUGUUUUUGAAAAUUGAAAUCUUGCUUAUCCCACCUCUGGCAAACAUCCACAUUUCUGAGAUCAUUGAGAUAACCCUCCCCCCCCCAUGCGCCCGCGAUUAUUGAUGAACUUUAGACUUCGCCGUAAUGCUAUUCUUUCCCCGGGUGUAAAUAGCUGAAUGGAAUUUGAACCCUUGCCCUGGGAACGGCGAAGAGGGAGGACGUGUGACAGAUGCGGUUAACUUACCGCCCUUAACUGCUGCCACGCCAUGAUUUGCAAUGAUUCGUCAAAAUGCUAUCGCCAUGUUCCUAGCCAGUGCGCUUACGAGAGGCGUAAAAAUAAAAAAAAUUAAAAAAUACGCCUGAAAAUAUUCAAAAUGACUGGGAAAAGAGUGUCGUAUUUGUGUCUAAGUGUUAUAAUGUCUGUUUUUCAAGAACCCAGACUCAUUUCUCAUUACAAAUCUCCUCCACGAAUUCUCGCCAAUGGAUUACUAUAUGGUAAGUGCAUGUGCACAGUAUCCUGUAUUGUGCUUCAGCUACUGCAGUUUCGUCAAACGUAUAUAGGGGUCCAGUGUAGAUGGUAUUCUACAAUACGCUGCCGUGGUUUCUGUCUGAACUACCUGAUAAAGAUUUCAAAUGUGGGUCUGUAGGUAGAAGGAUCUUGUAGAUGGAAAUUAUCGAGUGGAAAUUUAUAUAGAGAAUAAUACAUGGGUGCUUGGAAAUACCAGAUUUAUUUCUCGUGUUGAACAUGAUAUCUCACGAGUGAGCGCAGCUAACGAGUGAGAUCAUGUUCAACACGAGAAAUAAAUCUGGUAUUUCCAAGCACCCAUGUAUUUUUCUGUUUAUUAUAUAAAGAACAAUCUUUGAAAAGCGAUAAUUUUUACGGAAAAGCGAUAAUUGAAAAGCGAUAAUUUUCACAUGUGAGAUUAUCAUGAAUAAUCUCACAUGUGAGAUUAUCACUUUUAUCAGUGCUCGAAAUCUCUAUAAAGCACUAUACUUUAUAUAAUAAAUACAUUUAUUAGACCUAACCAGGCUGGUAAUAUAUGGUACUGCCAUGUUUAGGUUAUGGGUAAAUAUCGAGAUUUGUUGGCAUCUCAAAUCGAUUCAGAAAGAAUUAGGGUAAAUACCUGAUAAAGAUAUCUCAAACGUGAUGGUCCAGUGUAGGUGGUAUUCUAUACAAUAAGCUGCCUUGGAUUGUGUCUGAACUAUAUCUUAAAAAGAUUAACAAUACUUACACAUUCCGACCGAAGUCUGACUGUUUUAACCUGUUUCAGAUAUGAUAAAACAACACUCAUUAUAUUUAAAAUAUCAUUAAUAAUUCAUGACGAAAAUUCAAAAGAAAUGAAUGUUUAAUCAAUGUUUGUAAAUCGGAUAAAGAUUUAUCCUGAUUUACAUAAGCUUUAAAAUUACUUCGCCAAUGAACUCGUAUGAUGGGUCGUUUCUUAAGUACGUUAAAACAUUCGCAUCCGAUCUUUAUCUGAUAUACUAACGCCCGUAUUCUAAAAGCUCACUCACACUCACACUCAAUGAGUGCAGGUUCAAUCUGAGCUUCUCUUGAGUGUAAAUGCUGUUUUUCAAUAGCUGGAGGGUGAGCAGUCACAUAGUAAGGUACGACACUAACCCUCCAUGCAGCUAUUCAAAAUCAGCAUUUACACCCAAGAGAAACUCAAAUUGAACCUCCACUCAUUGAGUGCGAGUGUGAGUGUGAGUGAGCUUUUAGAAUACGGGCGUAACCCUCGCCUUCGGCACGAGUUUGUAUAAUAUCAGAUAAAGAUCGGCUGUUCAUGUUUUAACUAGUACAUAAUUAUGAAAGCGAUUUUAAUCAUUUUAUUGUGAUUUCAGGGUCAAAAGCAACGAACUCGUGCCAUUGAAUUUAUGAAAUCAAUAUUUAAGAAUGUUGAUUGUAUUUUGACUCCAGGUAAGAACCUGUCAUUUUUGCUUUUCAAAAAUCAGUGGCACAUGUAGAUUUGUAAGUGGUUGUGUGCUAAUCAUCCUUACUUGUAGCUGAAAGCUAACUAAAGCUGAAUAGCGAAAGACUCAGCUCAACCUAAUCAGGGCCUUAAAAUAUGUCAACAUAAUUACUACAUGUUAUGGAGAACAAUGAGAUUUUUAAAGCAAUUGAAAGACAAUCGAACAUUUCGAUCACUGGAUCGUGACUCGAUGGCAUAAUUGUUAUACAGGGUGUCCUAAAAAAAAGAAAACUAUUGAAAUGAAUAUAUUGUUAGAAUUUGAAUGCCUCAGCACUCUGUUGAACCCGCACGUGCAUCAAAGCUUGACGUAAGUAAAUUUUAUGCAUAAAGAAACCGUUUAAGAAGCUGUUUUAAAUUCCCAAGAGCAGAAAAUCGUGCGCUUUACAAAGAUAUUUUAAUUUCGUAAUAAGUCAAUAUAUAAUAUAUGCACCCUUGUCAAUAUUUUACGCAUCUUUGCGUUCAGCUGAGUGCUAGCGCAUUCAAAUUUUAACAAUACGUUAUUCCAAUGGUUUUGCGUUUUUUUGGGACAGCCUGCAUGUAUAUGCUAGGAGUGUGUUGCAAGGACCUGCAUUUCUAAGAACUCUCGUAAUUCUAGGUUGUGCUUGUACUGCGAAGAAAAUUCCAGAUAAUUCUCAUCAAUACGGAAUGAGUGAUAUUAGCACCACAUUUCAACACAUCAGGUGAGCGACAGGCAGUUAAUAAAUGUUUAAUACAGUUGUUUACACAUUGAAUACCUCCCUAAUUAUCUAAAUUGAAAUGCGUAUUAGAGAAUAUAUACAUUUUACCGUCAAAAGGUAUCAAUACUUGUACAAUAGUAAGUUUUACAAUAUUAUAUACCAAUAAGCCGGCCGGACUUUAAAGAUUAAAAUAACCAUAAAGUCAGCUACGAUGAAAUGUAUAUCUAAAAAUGUAACCUUACUCUAAAAGGCAAUUCCUUAAGUAGAUUUGUUAUAGAAGUCAGUUAAGAAACUAUAGAACUAUUUCUAUAGCUUGCCGCACACGAGAGUAACUUGCUGAACUAGCCGCCACGCGAGAGGUGCAUUCUCAAACCAAGUGUGUGCUCUGAAAGGCCAGGUGAAAGUGCUGCUGACAUUUAAGCAUCCCCAGGACCACUCCGCUAGGAUGGGUUCGGUCUUCUGCACAUAUCUGUUGUUGAGUUAUCCCAGUGAUUGGCAGGUCACUCUUUUUCGCAAAGGUGUCGUCAACCCAUUUCUUAUUAACGGCAGAGUGAUCAUCCGCAGGGACUGGUAAGUUCUCUGUUGCGUUAUUACUCAUAUCGAUUACACCAGUCAUAGUAAAGCCGCUCAAACUCAUGGUUAACACAUGACUUCUUACUAUAAACUGCGUCUCUAUACAGACUAUCGUGUGCGGAUAGUGUUCGUGACGACGUCUUGAGGAAAUCCGUCUCGACGUCUCGUCUUUGCAUUUAAUGCUGUAUCUUUGCAAUGAAUGUUGUACCUUCUCAAUUAACUGUUAUUCCUUCUCAAUUAAUGUUGUACCUUCUUAAUGCUGUACAUUCUCAGUGUUGUACCCAGCUUGUGUUGUACCUAUCUGUACCUUCUCAAUCUUCUCACUAUAUCCAGUAUCCAUGCAGUCCUUGUUUAAGAUGAGUGUAUUUUCCCACUAUAGGUUUCAUUUCUUGGGCAACAUAACAGGUGUCCCAGGAGUCGUUGUGCCGGUUGGGUAUAACGAUCAAGGUUUACCAAUAGGAGUCCAGGUUAUGACGUCGUGGUGGGAGGAACAUGUCGCGUUGCGUGUUGCACAUUCUCUAGAGGGAUUGGCACCUAGAAAGGAACCGCAGGUGCAUUUCAAUAUUCUGAAUCCAAAGAAGAGAAAGUAACUUAAGAUAUGAGUGUUAGUUAAAUUUUCCUUGUUUACCUGGUAAUAACACCAUUUGAGUUAAUUCCUGGUUAGAUUUCCAAUUUGUCUCACUUCCUACCAUAGUGUGGUUAAUGUAACCAGGAAUCCAGUUAUACAGUAAGACCCCGCGUAUAAGAACCUAGCUAGAUUUUAAGAACCUGUUAGGCUAAAAUUGCUUAAUAUUUAGACCCCCUUUAUACAAGAACCUGUUUAGGCCAAAAUUUCAAACAGGUUCUUAUUUUAUUUUUAUCACUCUAAGAUUUGAAACUAAAAAUGUAUAAAUCAAAGAAAACAAAACUCUUCACAAAGUAAUGAAAAUAACCCAGAAGUCAGAAUCUUGGACAUGUCAUAACAUAACUUAACAUAACAUAACAUAACAUAACAUAACAUAACAUAACAUAACAUAACAUAACAUAACAUAACAUAACAUAACAUAACAUAACAUAACAUAACAUAACAUAACAUAAUAAAUAACAUGUCUGUAAUCGAAGAUGAGUCGUUAUUUCUUUAGAAAAUAAGAACCUGUUUAGUCAAAUUGCGCGAUAAGCACCAUUUAUAUAAGAACCUGUUUAUAGGCUUACUUGAAAAAUCUAGCUUCUUGUACGCGGGGUCUUACUGUAUUUAACCAAGAUGACCUUGUCAAAAUAACCAGACCAUGUUAGGUGGAUAUAUAACCUAGUUAUUCAUCCACCUAACGUAGUCUGGUUAAUUUAACCAGGGUAUCAUGGUAAAAUUAACCAAGAAAUAAUCAGGAAUAUUAGGUUUGCCAAAUAGGCUUUUUCUAGGUUAACCAGAGAAAUUUUAACUGAGUGUUUUACAGUGGAGAAAAAACUAUUAUUUUUCAAUACAAUAAAACGCCGCAUACAAGAACCUAGAAUUUAAGAAAGAACCUUUUAGGUUAAAAUAUUUUAUUUAGACCCCUUUUAAAUAAGAACCUGUUCAGGCUAGAAUUUCAAAACAGAUUCUUAUAUUAUCAAAUAGAGUCAAAAUUAAGUCGUAUAACUUACAGUAUGCAGUGUAGCUUUAAAGUGCAUAUAGGGUUGGUAUGCACUGUCAUUUUUUAGAUUUGUGCGUAAUUUAUAUAAAUCAUAAUCAUACUACUCUAAAAUGAGUCGCUUUUCUCUUAAGAAUAUAAAAACCUAUUUAAGAACCUGUUUAAGCAUCAUUUACAUGUAAGAACCUGUUUAGGCUAACUUGAAAAAUCUAGGCUCUUAUGCCCAGUAAGUAUAUUUAAAUUUAUGCCUUAAAUGUAGUCUUAGCUUUUACAAUCUAGAGUCGGUAUAUUUUAAACGCAAACGAAUCGAGAAAAUUUAAAACAUAUGGCAAGAUAUAGAAUUUACAUUACAAUUAACGGAACGAUUUAUGAUCCUUACAAAUAAUUAAUGUAUACAGGCUGAUUUUUAUACGUCUACAAAACUCUUAACUCCUUUAGCUGUGUGGUUUUUUCAUGACGCCAAGGCCCGAUUUAGAUGCCGUACUUCGCAUAAGCCGAACUUUAUGCAACGAAUGCAUCCGUAUUUUGCUUCCCUUUGUUUUUGGCGAGGUAAAGCACGGCAGUUCGCAACACUGUUCUUCUCAGGGAACAGUGGUCAUUAAGAUAUUAUGCAACAAUUUUCUUCUUGUUUUGUUCCCCGCAAACAUUUUUCUUAUCAAAAUAACCCUUAUCCGUCCAGGCGUCAUGCUUGGUUUGUGUAGCGAGAACUACGAACAUCGUGUGAUAUAUAUUUCAAAAUGACCGCCAUUUUUGUUGCCAUGAACGUCACUCUCCCGAGAAUUGGAGGGAACUAGAGAAGCCGCACAGUUAAUAUGGUAUAGAUGUCAUAUAACGUAUAAAAUGCAUGACGUCAAACGCGGAAAACCAAUUUAUGCGUUGUCCCAUGGGAUAACUUUUAGCGAGAAUUUAGUAACGAUUCACAGUGCAAGUCGUUGGCGAACCAAUAAAUUUCAUAAAAACAUCACAUUUUAAAAGUGUUUUUCCGCGUUUGACGUCAUCAUAAGAAAGGUCUAUUAAGUACGGCUCACGAAAAGCACGAAUGUUUGAAUCAAAAUUAAAUAUACGUCUAUUUUAGUCGACUAAAAUAUGUAUUUGAGUUCGGCUCAUGAAAAGUACGGCGUCUAAACCGGGCCUAAGAUAUUUGGUCACUGCAAUAAUUUCUUGAAGUUUUUUUUAAAUAACCUUCAACUUGUUGCGAGCCUGUUGGCUUCAUCGACCUUGUCGACCAUUGGCUAGUAUCCAAAGCCAAACUCAGGUUUAGCAAAAGUCAAGAUUAAGAUAUUAAGACCAAAAUCUGUUAAGGAGAUCAAAAAGAGAUGAUUAAUUACAUAGACCUUAUGCAUAAUGACGUCAGAAGGCUUGGUGUCAGCGAGGAAUGCUGGCCUUUCGAUAGUGUCCAUUUUGAAUUGUUUUUAAUCUUCCCGGGCGAUGACUACUAAGACCAGCAUUCCUCGCGGGCAUCAAUCCUUUUGACGUCAUUAUGCAUAAGGUCUAUUGAUUUUGUGUUUACAACAGAAAGUUCGUCUGAACUGUAUCAGGAGUGAUAUUGUUUAAAUAUUAAAUGAACAUGCACACAUGAGGAUUUCAACAAAUUUAAAUCAUAGAUAUCUUAUAUACACUAGAUAGUGCAUCUAAUUAUUCUGCAAUUCAAAAAUUGAAGUCGUGAUUGCAGACUCAGGAUAUUCCCAUGAAAUGAGAAGACUCAUAUGUUUUCUAUUUCUUAAACAGCGAACUUAAACAUUAAGUUAAACCUAUUCCAAAUACAUUUUCAAACUGUUCAAAUGAUGAAAGUUAUUGUUGUUUUUUAAGCGUUUAUUAGCGAGUGGGAAACUCCAACAUGGCCGCGCCAUCUAUUCAAAUGGGGGUAACCGCUGGAAUAUUCUUAGCUUCAAUUUUACUUAAAGAGAUGCGCUAUGUAGUGUAUAUAAGAUAUAAUUAUAUUAUUUAAAUGCACUGCAGUCUGCAGCGUUAUUCAGCAUUCUAGUAAUAUAAAAGAGAAAUGGUCAGAUUCAUAUUCGAGUUGUCAAAUAAUUGCUAGAAUAUUGUCUUAAAUUGAGAAAUAAAAUUCAUUUACUACAAGG